UUCCCACGCUCCCAGUGCGCACCCGCGGAUGUCGACGGCUCGGAGCGCGGAUGGCGCGCCGCCGACCAAGACGACGUCCGAGGAAGAGGAGUUCAACUUCACGUGGACCAUGGAGAACCUCAAGCUCUACAACCCGGACUUUGACCUGACGCCCGAGGUGCUCGCGAUCCUCAAGCAGUUCUUCAUGCGCCUCGACCCGACCGACUCGGGCAAGAUCUCGGGCGCCGCGCUCCUCGAGAAGAUCCGCCAGGCCGACCCGUCGCAGCUCUACAUCACGACGGCCCAGCUCGAGCGGCUUACGCGCGAAAGCCUCGCGCGCCACGCCAAGGACGAGCCCCAUGGCGACGAGCAUGCCAUGACGAUGAUUUCAUUUGACGAGUUUUGCACGCUCGUCAUGCGCUGGAAAGAGAUUAGCCCCCUCGGCGUGCAGAUGGUCUACGCGUCCUGGGUCAAAGAGGUCUGCGCGAUCGAGUUUGGCCUCGUGAACGAAACGGAUGGCAUGUUCAUCAUCGAGAUCCCGCGCGUGCCCACGAUGGACGAGAAGGCGACCGUGCGCGUGACGCUGCCGCGCACGACGACGUACUUGCCGCCGGCGCCGCACCUCAACCACUUGCCACCGUCGCCGUCGACACCCAAGUCUGCGACGGCCCCGACAGACCACGUGACGACGGUCUCCAAGUCGUUUGCCGUCGGUGGCAUUGCCGGUAUGAUCUCCAAGUCGGCGCUCGCCCCCGUCGACCGCGUCAAGGUGCUCUUCCAGGUCACCGAGUCGCUCCACUUUUCACUGCGCAACGCGUACAAGCUCGGGCUCGAAAUUGCGACCCGCGACGGCGUCUUCGCGCUCUUUCGAGGCAACUCACUCAACUUGCUCCGUGUGUUUCCGUAUGCGGGCAUCCAGCACUCGUCGUUUGACUUUGUGCGCCGCCAGUUUCACGGCUACAACCACGAGCGGCACGAAGCUUUGGGCUCGGCACUGCCGUACACGAAGAAGCUCACGGACACGCAGCUCAUUCUCUCUGGCAGUAUCGCCGGCGGCGUCUCGGUCAUUUUCACCUACCCCAUGGACGUGCUCCGCACGCGCUACAUGGUGCAGCAAGGCAAGAUGCAGUACAAUAGCGUCUUGGACGCAGUUCAGUGCAUGUAUCGCACCGACGGGCUCCGGUCCUUCUCGCGUGGGCUCUUUGUCAAUCUCUUGGGGAUUGUGCCGUACACAGGCAUUGGCUUUACGCUCAACGAGAAAUUCAAGCAGUACCUCGCCGACAUCCAGUACGAGCAGCGGUCGCCAGCCGUGUCGCGCGAGCAGUACACGCUCUCGCCCUUCUCCAAGUUUCUGUGCAGUUAUUUCGCGGGCUCGAUGGCCCAAACCGUCACGUACCCGCUCGAUACGAUCCGGAAGCGCAUUCAAAGCGACGGCUACCUCUCGGGCGCCCAUGCUGGCGAGCGCAAAUACACCAACCUCCGCACCACGUGCCGGCUCAUUUUGCAGAACGAAGGCCUCCGCGGCUUUUACAAGGGCGCGACCGUCACAUGGCUGCGGGGACCGCUCUCGACCGGCAUUAGCCUCACAGUCUACGACGUCCUCAAAGAAGUCGUUGGCGUCGAAAAGGUCUAGCCGCCAGUAUAUAUAAUAUGUCGAGAGUCCAAUCUGAUAGAGCCUUUUAC